UCGGCCGCUAUUGAUCAAGUUAGGAUUUUGCGAGGAGAGACGCGCGCGUUGAUAAGAUCUCGCGUAUUUUUCGAUCGCGCACGCAAUACCUACCAACCUCCGCGCGACGUGUGUGCGUGUGACAUUUGUCGCGCGCGGCAAGUGAGCUCGGCUCGCGUGACGCGUGAAUUUCGGUGGCCGCGGGGCUCCCCGCGUUAGCGGCAGCGACAGCGUUGUCGUCGUCGUCGUCGUCGCGUAAACCCUCCCUCGCCCAUGACGUCACUCGCGAAUUACACAAGCGUCAUCGCUCAGUCUGUUGUGGAAAAUUUUGUCGCGGGAUCUAUGGUGGCGAGGUGCGUUGCUCCUUGAAGGGAACAACCGGCGAGUCUCUCGAGUGUCGAUUGAGCGACGAGGAGACUUCAUGAGAUCGAAUUGAAGUUUACGAAUAGUUUCUUAUUGCCUUGUCAUGAUGUCUAUGCAACAGUAUUGUUUGCGGUGGAACAAUCACCAGCCGAAUUUCAUCUCGGUUUUUUCCAACUUAUUAAAUAAUGAGACUCUAGUGGAUGUUACUCUUGCUGCAGAAGGCAGACAAAUUCAAGCUCACAAAGUUGUACUGUCAGCAUGCAGUACGUACUUUCAAUCACUGUUUACAGUGAAUCCUUGUCAGCACCCUAUUGUUAUACUCAAGGACAUCAAGUUUUCGGACCUCAAGAUUAUGGUAGACUUUAUGUACUAUGGAGAAGUAAACAUAUCCCAAGAUCAAUUGCCAUCUAUUAUAAAGACGGCAGAAAGCUUAAAAAUAAAAGGACUUGCAGAAAUGCAUACAGCAUCGUUGACUAAAUGGCCAAGUGGAAGCAGCGAAACAGGUGGAGGAGAUCGUGGCGAAUCCUGCUCACCUAGUCCAUCUCCAUUAUCUCCUUCUUUUCGUAGAAAAAGAUUACGAAAGUCUUCUACAGGCUCAACGUCUGGUUCUGGCGAUCGACCGGAAGAAAUCAAUGAAAUAACACUAGUGGCUACUAAUAUUGUAAAACCUGAACCCGUAAUUGCAUCGCAAGAAAGUGGAGAGAAUUUAAGGCGACCAAUAAAUACCAGCACAGAAUCUCAAGGCAGUAUUGAUGAAGAUCAAAUAUCAAUUAUGAGUAAUAUGGAAACUAGUUCUACCAAUACACCAGCCCAGAGUGAUGGUUCUAUUCAAGAUGUAAGUCAACAAUCGACAGGAGGAAACAUUGGACAAAGUUCUGUGUCUUCGCAACCACCCUCUCAUACUCAUAGUCAAGGAUUACAAUGGACUAUUAUGGAGCACACAUAUCAUCCGACACGUUUCGCUCUGUCCUCGUGUCAAACGAAUCUGUCGAUCCAAGCGUCGUCGGCGUUCACGACGCCCGAAAUAACAACGUCCUCGACCAUCAGCGAUCAGUACUCUGGUACCAGCACGACUGGUUCCAGUUGCGCUCUGACGAACUAUCCAAACUCUUCCCACGGGACGUUGCAGCACGCAUCGUCGUCGGGCGGCCCUUCGCCAUCGGCGCAGUGCCCGAGUAACUGCCAGAGUCCGUGCGCCAGCCCGCAGACUGCGAUUAAGAGGAAACGAUCGACUAAUCCGCAAGCGGAUGAGAACUUUAUACGUGCGCUUGACGCCGUACGUUACGGUGGCAUAGGGUUUUGUAAGGCGGCGAGGAUGUUCGGCGUGAACAAUCGAACGCUUUGGCUCGAGUAUAAGAAGCGCGGCUAUCCGAACAAUCGGCCCAGCCUCAAGUCUCGCGUUAAGCAGGAAGUCAACUCCUCGCCGCCGCCACCACCGCCGUCGCAGCCGCCUCCGGCGCAACCCAUGAACUCGUCGCAAAGCCCGACGCCUAUGGGCCCGCCCACGACUCCGCACAGCACGCACAACACACAUAGCACGCACACUAUGCUAACCAGCCACAGUCCCCAUACGAUGCUGAGCGGUUAUAUCGACAGGCAUACGGACUAUGCGCUACCGAGUACCACGAUGCCGAUCAAUCUGCAUGGCGUCAACUAUAACGCCAUGUGAAACGAAUCCUACCCGGAAAGUCACUUGUAUAGACGACCUUGAGAAAAGUGUUACUUUCCUUCCUUCUUUGCUUCCCUUUUCUCUCUUUUAUCCUGCUCCCUGUAAACAAUUGAACCUAUUUAUCAAGUUUCUUGUGUUGACGGAAGUUUCACGAGGUGUUGGAAAGUCACCGAAAAAAAGAGAAAGUCCGAAUGCUUUUUAAUAUUCAAAAUUUAAUAUUUAUAAUACAUUUUUUUUUUCGUAUCCAUAAAUUUUUGAGUAUUCGGAUCUCAAAGUUGAUAUAUGCAGAUCUCAAAGUUGACAUAUAAGUCGCUAUAUAUUUUAUAUUGUAUAGGACUUAUCACAGAUGUGCUCCGUGCUUUUUCCUAGUUGUAAGCGAUUUUAAAUAUUUGAACUUUAUUUCUUUCCUUAUCGAAAAUUUUAUGAAUUAUUACUAGUCCCGUGAUUUUUCUCACAUCUCAUAACAUUAAAUGAAUUGAAUACUUACUUAAAUAUUAUAUUAUAAUUUCAUAUACUUUUCCUAUAUAUAUAUAUAUUUUGUCUUUUUCUUUUCCCCAAUUAAAUCUUUGCUAGAGGAGAAUCCGAUUCAAGUGCGAAUCGUUUGUAAUUUAAGAAGAAACUGCGCGACCUUGGAUAUAUCCAGAAAAUCAAUAUUGUUUAUAUAAUAUUAAAU